CCCUUGAAUAUGGAUACACUUGUUGUCACAGUAGCAGGGUACGCGAGCAAACGUCGGCCAAAUUUGUUCUUUGACCUCUCAGAAAACAUUGACCAAAGAGGAGGAAAAAAAUCGUCAAUCAACAUUCCGUGUUUCUGAUUUAUGAUAGGCAUUAAUUUUGGACCUACACAUUGUUUUUACUCACAGCUUCUAAGAGUAAAUUCAAGAAAUUAUUUUUUAAAAUAAUUCUCAUAGUCCGAGUUUAAACAACAUCGAGUCGUCGUUUGAUUAUUUUGGAUUAUUCAUCACACUAAGACUUCGUGCAGGUUUCUACCCACCUGCAAUGUAAACGGAUGGGUAUAGCAGUGGUCAACUGUCCAGCUCUCUCUAGAACAACGUACAUGACUUUGUCAGACUCCUGUCUCAAGUGACCACGACAUUGAUUUCUGGAUGGAGCAAGGUGGCGACUCGAGGAUAUCCUCGGCCAACGGAAAUCUAUCGCCCAGCUCAGACUCACUCAACCGGCGCUUCCAGAUCGAGAUGAACUGUUUGGCGCCUCCUGAGACUAAAAGUGGGGAGCAGAGCCCUGCGGAGAGCGAAAAAAUGACCCCAGUUGCGUCGACUUACGGUAGCAUCAUGAGCAUCGGACCUGACGCCAGCACCGUCAACCUCCUGAAGAUCGAUCUGGAGAAGAAAAUCAAUCGACACACAGGGGAAGAGCGAGUCACGUGGGACAACAGAGCACAGUUUGUCUUGUCGCUGAUUGGCUACGCUGUAGGUCUUGGUAACGUUUGGAGAUUUCCCUACUUGACACAGAAGAACGGUGGAGGUGCGUUUCUCAUUCCAUACGCCAUUUUGUUGGCCAUUGAAGGAAUUCCACUUUUCUUUUUGGAACUAGCCAUCGGUCAGCGGCUGAGGAAAGGGGCCAUAGGAGCAUGGAAUCAGGUGUCACCAUAUUUAGUAGGUGUUGGUAUCUGUUCCUCCAUCGUCUCCUUCUACCUGUCCUUGUACUACAACACUAUCAUGAGCUGGUGUUUCGUCUACCUUGUCCAGAGUUUUCAGAGUCCUCUCCCCUGGGCAACUUGCCCACAUCACUUUGGUGAAAACGACACUUACAUUCUAGAAGAAGAGUGCAGGAAAAGCAGUCCGCCAAGCUACUUCUGGUACAGGGAAACACUCAACACGGCACCAUCGAUAGAGUCCACUCCAGUAUUUAACUGGAAGAUAGCUCUGGGACUGGUCAUUGCCUGGACAGUGGUCUUUCUAUGCAUAAUUAAGGGUAUUAAAUCAACAGGAAAGGUUGUGUAUGUGACAGCCACGUUUCCUUACUUUGUCCUUGUCAUCUUCUUUUUCCGCGGCAUCACAUUGGAAGGUUUUGACAAGGGAUUAGAACAUUUGUUUGUACCAGAGUGGCACAGAGUGUUGGACCCUGAGGUCUGGCUGGAUGCAGCCACUCAGAUCUUCUAUUCCUUUGGUCUUGGUUUUGGCUGCCUUAUCGCCCUUGCCUCCUACAACCCAGUCAGAAGUGACUUCCUCAGGGACACUUUCAUCGUCACUAUAUGCGACUUCUUCACCUCAAUAUUUACAGCGAUAGUUGUGUUUAGUAUACUAGGUUUUAAAGCAACUCUUCAGUUUAAAGACUGUUUAAAAAAACACAAUGUCAUCAACCAGACUGAAGACUCCAGCCAUCCAGCCUGUGACUUUCAAAAGAUCAUUUCAGAGUCAGCCUCGGGAACUGGUCUAGCAUUCAUUGCAUUCACUGAGGCGAUCAAUCAAUUCCCUCUGGCGCCCCUGUGGGCGGUAUUGUUUUUCUUAAUGCUCUUAACCUUGGGGCUGGACUCCAUGUUCGGCACGCUGGAAGGAGCUAUCACUUCCUUCAACGAUAUGAUGCUGCUUCCCCGGAUACGGAAGGAGUUUGUUUGUGGGGCUGUAUGCUUGAUUUGUUUACUGCUGUCCAUGUGUUUCGCCACAUCCACUGGACCUUACGUGUUUGCAUUGUUUGAUUCCUUCUGUGCAAACAUACCUUUACUUCUUGUUGGCUUUAUCGAAUGUGUAGCAGUGUCUUUCGUCUAUGGCCUCAAACAAAUCAGUGACGACAUUGAGUUGAUGUUAGGACGACGUCCAUCUUACUUCUGGCUCAUUUGUUGGCGUUACGUCAUGCCUGUAGCUGUCAUUAUCAUUUUACUGUCCAGUGUGAUAGAGAUCAUGGUCAAGGGAGUUUAUUACGAGGCCUGGGACGCUGACAAGGCUAUUGCAGUGAUGCUUCCCUGGCCAUGGUGGUGUAAGGUCCUUGCUGCCUUCCUAAUCCUCUCCUCUGUGCUGUGUAUACCGGGGCUUGCCCUGUUGCACCACCUGGGGGUCUCCAUACUCCCUCACGAGACUCCUGCAUUCUUUCCAUCUGAAGAACUCAAGGAGGAAUAUGGCCUGAACACCCACAAAAUCAAUCACUUUGAACGAGUAGUGCUAGGAUUCAAAGAGUGAAGUGAAGCCUAAACUUAGAAAACAUUCAAUUGUGUUUGGAAAACAAUUUGAAGAUGUUCUGAUUUUAGUGAACUUUCAACGAUUCACACACACACACACACACACAAAUUCUAAAUAUUAUGUAUAGUAGGUAGAUCUACUGGAUGAAACAUUUUGAAUACGAGAUUGUAACGUGUAUCAGAAGUACGUCAUUGUUGGACAUGAAAUAAAACUUAUCAGAAAGCAAAGCUGUUAUCAAUCAAGUCUCUAAAGUAUCCCAACCACAGAAUCUUUUAUAGAUAUACAUGGGUAGCACUGUUUGACAUCAAGAGAAAGAAUGUAGUCUUAUAGUUCUAUGAUCAUAAAACGUUAAAAAGAAAAUAUUUCGAGUGAUACUUUGCAGAAUUCUUGUGCUCAGUUUUAAAAUGUGUAUUAUUGAUUCUAUCGACAAGACUAACAUUUAUAACUUGGUUUUAGAUCUCUACUGCUCGAUGUUCAAAAACCAAAGGAUACAAUUUUAGAACCCUUUCAAAACAAAGUGAGUUUCUUAGGCUCCAGCUAGUUCCAGUAUAGGGGCACCAUGGCUGCAGGUACAUGAACCAACCUCCUGUGACGUGGAGAUGUAUUUGAUGGAUUACAUUUGGUCUAGCUUAUUGAUGUAUGCACAAAUAGGAUGCAAUUAAGUUAUCUUAUGUAAGCAAGCUAUUCUAUUGGCAAGUCUCUUACAGUGUCGCCAUAUUUGGUUGUUAAUUUUUUAGUUGAUUUUGUUGUUUUGUAAGUAAGUGAGAAUUGUGUUUCAAUUAAUGUCCGUACAGCGAUAUGGGAUUUCAAUUCUCAAUCACCUUCAUAUACAUAGACUCGGAAUGCUAGUGAAUAGUAUAGACUAGUAUAGAGCUACUUCAGCUUUAUCUGUUUGAGAAAAGUAUCCGAUCAUUCCAUGACUGUGAUAGUGUUAAUGAUUUAUAUAUUUAUGUUUUGGUUUUGUUGUUUUUCUGGUUAAGAAAAAUAAUUUUUGUGCCCAGAAUCUUUCUUUGUGUGUGUGUGUGUUUAUGUUUCUACCUGUAUAUUUCUGUCUGUCUCUCUCUCUCUCAUCUGGCUAUUCUUGUUUUUUUUUUGUUUUUAUUUUUUUUUUUUUAGUUUAUAUUGUUACUUUCAAAGUUCUAUACAAGUUCAUUGAUAUUAAAACGUUAUUGAUAGUAAUGUUGAUGCUAUUUCAUCUUUGAUAGUAAUUUUCAUUUUUUCGAAAACGCCAAGCUUAAGAAUUAUUUCAUUUAGAUUUUAGAGUUUAGAGGGUGAUGUCCCUUGCACAUUCCAUGGUUUGUGACAUUUGUGUCCUUGUAGCGUUGAUUGAUUUGAUUUUGAUUUUAGGCACAUCGGCACAAUUUAGGCCAUGUCGUGCCUGCAGUCCUUUAAGGACUACUCUCUCUCUACAUUGGAGGGAAUUGUGUUCUAAUGUAUCCAGCUGGUCUACCUUUUUAUUUAUUUUAGUUCAAAUGACAUGUGAUUGGUGGCCGUUCAAUGAGAUAACCAUUUAGUGUGCAAGUGUACAUCAAGUCAGGUUGGUCAGUGAGUCUACGGCAAGACACGGCACUUUCAAAGCUCUGUUCUGUAACAUCUCACCGCGUAAUCCCCGAAGCCCGUUUUCACAUAUUCAGCCGUACUUUUUUUUUUUUUAAGUUUUUUUUUCCUUCCAGAGAAAACCGUGUAAUGUGCAAGUGGCCUAGCACUAAGGUAUAUGUAUUGAUUGGUGUACCAUACAGAGUUUCUGUGACAGACAGUGAAAACCUUUUGAAUUCAUUUACAUAAAUAAUUUUGAAAUGUACAAUGGAUCAAAACAGUUUCGCUGCAUGCUUACAUUUUCUUCAAAUUUCAAACUUACUUUUACAUUUUACUAUUCAAAAAGUUAAAGAUAUAUUAAUCGCUAUUUUAUAUAACAGAAUCUAGAGCUGUUCAUAUAGUCUCUACUACUUCACAUAACACGUUAAAGCUAGCCACCUGUUUGCAUAACGGUUGUGAAUGUCCGUAGUCUCGGACUAAGAAUUAUUAUCUAUGAACAUGAUCAUUCCAAAGGAUUUAAAGCUAUAGUUUAUAUUGACAUACAAUAUGCUGAAAUUGUGUGUUUUUGGGUCAAGUGGCUCCCUGUCGAUUGAUUCGGACAACCGUUGUGAUUCCCAAUGCCAUUCCCUGCAUCUUGCAUGAGGCUUGAGCUCGGACGUUUUAAUCUUUUCUGAACAAGCUUCCAAAGCUUAUAAACUUAACAAAUCGAGUUCAGGCUACAACUCAGUAGUAAGAAACAGAGGCCAGGCUACAACUCAGUAGUAAGAAACAGAGGCCAGGCUACAACUCAGUAGUAAGAAACAGAGGCCAGGCUACAACUCAGUAGUAAGAAACAGAGGCCAGGCUACAACUCAGUAGUAAGAAACAGAGGCCAGGCUACAACUCAGUAGUAAGAAACAGAGGCCAGGCUACAACUCAGUAGUAAGAAACAGAGGCCAGGCUACAACUCAGUAGUAAGAAACAGAGGCCAGCUUACGACUGAACAAGAUGAAAAUAUUCCUUAGAGACUUGAUAUAUUCUUGUGUUCGUGUCUUCUGUUUUAUAAUGUAGAACUUUGAACUGUUGUUUUUAAAUAUAUAUAAGGUUGUUUUUUCGCUGUUAGAUUUUGUCAAAUUUUUAAAUAAUAUUCCACUAUGCAAAUAGUGUAAACUCCUAAUGUGUCCAAAUACAUUUAUUAGUAGAACAUGUUUUAGUUUGAAAGCAGUUCGCAAUGACUAUAUUGUGAACAUUUUAUAAAUUGGAUAGUUUGAACUCGUGUUCAUAAUCAAGACAGUGUUUAGUAUUCGUUCUUUAGACGUUGGUGGUGGCACAAACUUUUGGCUUUUGAUGGCCAAUGAAGAAACAAAAGGUUGUCAAGCUAAUUUCUAAGAAGCUUUGGUUGCGGUGGCAUAAGGCCGUCCCUGGCCGUUGUUUUUUUUUAACCUUUCUUUGUAUUUUAGAUAGCAAUAAAAUUAGUCAGCCAUCUUGUCAUUGGUGUUGUCCCACUAAGUUACAAUGUUUAGAUAAAAUCUUACAUCAUUCUCUACCCUCAUCUAUUUGUAGUGCUUGAGAAGUAGUGAUUCACAGCUUAAGUAUCUGUUAGUAUGUUUCUUGUUGUUAUAUCAUUAAAUAAUUUAAAGACCUGAA